CUCACAUCUUCGCUUUAAUACGAUUGAGAAUCUGUUUGCUGUUGGAUCUGUGUAAGAUCUCAGAGCAGUUCACAGUUUCUGAUCUGUAGAAGAGCUCAGAGCAGCGCGAGAGAAAAUGAUUCAGAGCAAGUUCAGAAGUUUCAGGCCCGUCGGUGUCAAUGAACAACAAACAUAUUCUGGUGUUGCUUCAUUGAGUCCACGUCCACCGCCUGAGAGAAGCCCCGUCACAGAAAGUGUCAUGAAGAGAAGUCAUGGCUGCACCGUCUGUGGCCGCUUCAACCCUGCACUGCACCCAAAGCCGUCACCCAAGAAAAUCGAAUUCCCAAACGACAAAUGGACCAGCGUGUGGAAUCAGUGCGCCACACAGCGCACAGGUUCAAUGUACCCACGUCCACCGCCUGAGAGAAGCCCCGUCACAGAAAGUGUCAUGAAGAGAAUUCAUGGCUGCACCGUCUGUGGCCGCUUCAACCCUGGUUUGGCACUGCCUCUGCUGAGCCAACAGAAGAAGCUCAGGACGGAUAAACAGCAGAAAGAACCCACUCUGAGAAAAGAUCCAUUUAUCCACUUAUCCACUUCAGUAGAGUACCUGAAGACUUCUCUUCACGCAGCUCAUCCAGAGGAUCGCAGUUUGAUCUUCUCCAUUCUUCAGAAAGACAGAGUCCUCACAACAUUGAAGGAGAGAUUAGAUGGACUUGAAAUGGAAAUCAAGAAGCUCGAGGAGAGGUCGAAGGGGAUGGACAAUUACAGAGAUCGUCUUCUGGAACACGUCCCACCUGAGGUGCAAGAAAUGAUGGAGAGAAACGUAAAGGCCACCCAGGCUGACGGUACAGAAGGAAGAAACAUGAUGCUGCUGAAAAGCAUAAACCGGUCGAUGGGCUCAAUAGCUGAGCAACAGAAGAUUGUCUGUCAGGGGAUCACGAGCAGGAUAGAGCUCGUUGAAAGACUGAAGCUGGAGAUGAAGAAGAUCUCCAAAAAGAUGGCGGAGGACCAAAAAGUGCUGUCAGAGAUCAAAUUUGAAAGAUUUAGUAGGUGACCUGGAGAUCUUCAGAUACAGCGGAGCGCCAGGUAAACAGAAACCAGACCUGAAAACCUGGACACAGCAGCAGAUUCUGAAGACCAGGUAAAUAACAAGGUUUGUAUUUUGAGCUUCAGA